CUGCGAGUUGGCGCCGUCAAGGCGCGCGGUCGCUUGCCCCGCGGGGCGGCGCUUGGAUUGGCCAGCCUCGCCUCGACAAGUGGCUGGAAGCGCGACCCGCUGACCAUCCUCACCAGGACUGCGCUCAUGACCUUCGUGGAGAUGGUCCGGGCUUCGCGCCUGCCCGAGGCGGCCGCCCGCUCCUGCCUGGCCAGGGGUCUGGCCAUCGCGCAGAAGCAGCACCCAUGGCUCCACGACGCCAAGGGCAGCGUGUACGAGGUGCGAAGGCUUUCCCCUGCCGUUUCCGGCCACGUGGUCUCCCUGGGCUGCUGCGUGGCGAUCGGGCUCGAGGAGGUGGCCAGGCAAGGUCCCCACAUGUGGGGCUCGAGCGCCCCGCCCAUCUGGCAGCCGCUUCUGGACCCCACGGGCCACCGCUCGGCGGUGUGGGGCCUGCACCACCAGCGGGCGUUGCGCAGCCUGGUCCAGAACGCCCACUGGCAAGCGGCUGAGGAGGUGGAAGGCCUCGGCUACCCGUUCACGGAGCUCUUCGCCAGGGAGCUCUUCGCCGACGUGUCGGAGCUCUUCCAGUGGCCGACGCGGCCCCUAGGUGACUACUUCCAGUGCUCCACCAGCCGGCUCGAGAUCCGGCCCUACCUCAGCGACUACCCCAAUCUGCGGGCUGCUGGUUGGUCCGUCGUGGUGCACGACGUGAGCCGCAAGCUGCUCGCCGAGGCCUGGGGCGCGGUCCCGCUCAGCGAGGGCCCAGAGCAGCUUGCCAGGGACGGCGAGGACUACGCGGUGAAGGUGCUGACGGACGCGGUGGCAAGCCGCCCAGAGGCGGCGGCAUCCGCCAGCUGCGAACGGGUCCACCUCUGGGCAGGGAGGGCGGGGAGGCUCCAGGACGCCACGGUGGUCAAGGUCAAGGCCCACCUGGGCCAGUCGGCGGUGAGGAACGGGCAGACCACCCAGCUCGAGCUGGACAGGGCGGACAUGCGGGCCAAGGAGGGAGCUGCGGCCGCCAGGGCGCCACUGGCGGACAUCCAGUGCCUGGAGGGCUGCCGGGUGAUCGCCCGACAAGCGGCGCA